AUGACAAAGAAAGGAGCAAAUGCAUGCUCGGCUCCUCAUUCACCACUGAAGAAAGAAGAGAUGGAGAAUGAACCUCCCCAAGCUCUCGGACCUACGUCUACGCAGAGCGUAGUUCCAGACGAUGAAGUGGAAAGUUCUCGACGGAGCACCUCCCUAUCUAAGGCAGAAGACAAAGUGGAAAUAAAGGAUGAAGGGGUAAACCCUUCACAACAGUCUCCUGCCGCGCAGGCAGAUACCAAAAAGCGAGGAGACGAGUUCAACGACGUCGAAUUGGUGCACAACACCAAAAGUGAUAAAGUGAGGUCACCGUUCCUCCCCAGAAACAGUCGAUCCGUAGAUGGAGUGAAAGUGAAUAAAGGAAGUAGUCUCCGCUGUGUGCAGAACUCUUUGCCUCCUUCUCGAACACCAUCAUCCCAGAACCGAAUGUCAUCGGAUGUUCGGAAUCUCUCUACUGUUCAAGGCACUCAACCUACAGAAAAAUGUGAUUCAAAAUCAGGAUUGAGAAAAAACUCCGUACCAGCAACUGUCGCGCUUAACAACAGUAAAGUGCAGAUGAAUGCAAUGAGGAAGACGGAUAAUAGUCAAGAAAAUUUUGGUAGCUCUAAGAAGGCUACGGACAAAAGCAAGCAAUCGAGUAGUUGUCAAAAGGAAUCGAAGAUAGUCAAGUCUGCACCCAAGAACGUUGGAACAAUCAAAUCGAGAAAAGCAGAGAGCAAAUCUGGCAGCUCGAGAAUUUGUUCUGCAAAGUCAAAACCAAAGUCGGUCGUAUCGGAGAGGCAGAAAUUAUCUAAGAGCACAUCUCAAAAGUCUGCAACUCAGUCGCUAUCUGGAAGAAAUGUAUUUGGGAAGAACGAGAAGAAAACAAAUAGUGGGAAGUCCAAGCAGAAAAAAAUCACCAAAAGCAAGAAACCUGCUAAAGGCAAAAAGAGCAAAAGUGGACAGCUUCUUUGCUGCACAGCGAAAGCGAAAUCAGAAAGCAAAAGCUCUGAGAAGGUCGAAAUGAAACCGCAUUCGUCAUCGAUGUCUAGAAGUCAACGGAGAACGCACAGCGUAUCAAUCAAAUCGCAGAAAAGUACUCAAAAAAGGACAAAGAGUGCAGAGAAGUCAGAGGAUUCACCUAGGAUGCAGAUACGUUCCAUUGCAUAG